AAUUCCCUAUAUAAACCCUAUAUCUCAUUGGAAAAAAUCACAUAAAUAAAAAAAACACCCAUUUUUUCUCCUUUUUAUCUCAAACAAUAACAUGCCAAGAAAGAAGGUUAAACUAGCCUUCAUAGUGAAUGACACUGGGCGAAAGGCAUCCUACAUAAAACGAAAGAAUGGUUUACUCAAAAAGAUGGAUGAACUCACAACCUUAUGUGACGUCAAAGCUUGUGCCAUCCUUGAAACUCCAUAUGAGCCUCAUCCUGUUGUGUGGCCCACACACGCUGUGGCUCGAGAAAUGAUCGAAUGUUUCGAGCAAUUGCCGGAAAUUGAGAAAGUGGAGAAGAUGGUUAGCCAUCAGGAUUUUCUGCAGCAGAGAUUGACUAAAGCAGAGCAACACUUGGAAAAACAACAAAGGGAUAAUAGAGUUGAAGAGGUGACUCAAAUUAUGCACCAGUGUUUGGUUGGUAAGAGUAUUGAAGAUUUGAGUUUAUUGGAGUUAAGUGAUCUUAAUUGGGUGGUUAAUGAUUCUUUGACCAAGAUUUAUGAGAGGAUUGACAUUUUGAAGCACGAAAAAAGUAAUGAGGAUCAUUCAUUAGAAGGGGAAAAGAGUGUUUUUAAUGAUCUCAUGGACAUGCAAAUGAUGGAUGAAGAUUGGUUAUCAUUUAUGGAUGGAUAUGUUGGGCCCACCAUUUACCCUCAAUCAUCAUCUUCAAAGUCAGAUCCGCAUGAAAAAGCCGAAAACUAAACUCAGUUAAUUCAGUU